AUGCCCCUAGCACCAGCACCUGCCAGCACUUGCCAGCAUCUGCACUGCCAGACUGCCAGACUGCUCGCGCUACAGCCGACUGCACUGCACCGCUCUCUCUCUCUCACACACACACGCACACACACAGUAUGCUUCGGUACUCUAAAUUUGGGUUUCGCCAGCACAAAGCGUUCUUUGACAGCACUUCAUUCUACCAGGGAGAUGAUUUCCUGCUCGGAUGUGCAAAACUACCCGCACGGUACGCUACGAGUAUUUGUCUGGGGCGGCAGUACUUUGUCGCUACCCAAGGCUCUACAGUGCUCUCAGUGGCGAGCAUCCGCUACGGGCAAUGUCAACCAGGGACCCAGAGAGCUUGUGACCGCUCCAACGUCGACCGUUCAACUGCUGUACUCAAACAUCUUCAGUUUGGCUAGCGUCCACUGGGGCCGUGGCUUCGGUGGCGUGCCUGAUGGUGCGCCUGAUGGUGCAUGUGGUGAAGUCAACCGGUCAAGGUCCAUUUGGGAGUACACAUGA